CCCCAACCCCCCAAUCCUGAUCCACAGAAGGAAAUCUCACAGGCGCAUACGGCGCCGGCCGUUGAACAACCCUAACAACCCCAUCCUGGUCAUCCUCAUUCUUCCUCGCCCGCGCCUUAUUCACCCACACAUCUGCCACCGUCAUAUCCACGUCCAAAUCCACUGAGUCGCGAUUAUCAUCGAGCAGCUUCUUGAUAUCGAGGGGCUCGGCAUUGGGGCGCAGCUUGAUCCAUUUUGAGCGGAUUAGGUUGGCGAGUUGGCCUAGCGAGACUUCUUCGGGGUUGGGGAGCGCGAGGAGGAAGGAGGCGGGUUUUGCAGUUUGGUCGUCAUGUGCUUCGGGCGUUGGUUUUCGGGAGAGUUGUUCGCGGGGGUAGACUUUUAUUAUUAGGCGGAGGAAGACCAUUUUGCAUUAUUGGUUUUUUGGAGAUGGGGGUAUGGUUUUGAGAUUGGAUUGGAUUAGAUUUGAAAUGAAGAAGGCUGGCUGACGCUAUGCAAUGCUGGACUGAGACAAAGGAGGAAGUUGAAGGAAAGAAAAAUCAGAAAUCAGAGGAAGCAAGAUUGGGGCUGUCCUUCUUAUUGUUUUGUGUUUUCUGUUAUGUGGUGAUGGUGUUCUCUGGUCAAUUAGUCUCCCUUGUGUUAUUCGCGCCUUUCACUUCGCAUGGCGGUUCCUCCGCUGUGAUGAAGUGAAAUUGAAGGGGAAGAAUAAUUUGAUGGGGGUUCUGUUAUUUUGGUUGACCGCCCGAGAGUAAGGCGCGGUUCGGGCCUUUGGGGGGUAGUUUUGUUUCCGUGGUUGAUGUACCGAGUUUUGGCUGGUUAGUGUUGGGCAUUUUGGAUUCUUUUUUUCCGGUAAUUGGGUUUGGUGUAUUUUGCUCUUGCUUGCUAUUGGUUUUGCUGUGUCUUUAGGUAGGAGUGUAUUCUGAAAAGUGUGGAUUACUACGCAGAUAUGGUGGGCUAUUAAUAGCGUGUCUCCCAAGGCUCCCCGAAAAAGAGAAAGGCAAAAAGCAAUGUGGGAACUUUUUGUGA